UGUUCGGAGGGAGGGAGCAGCGGACCUUAGGUUUCUGUGUCCGGGUGGAGGAGCGCAAGUUCGUCACUGUGUAGCCCGCCCCGAGCCAGAUGUGGGGCACUGCGCAUAGUAUUGUCCGUAUGUGUAGAGAGCGCUCUGCCUCACCUGCUGAGUUGCUGACAAGGGUCCCUCACUGGUGCUGUUUAAAACCAUUGCAGUUGCCAUUGCCUGAGCAAAGUUACCAAUAUGAGAAGAAAGUGGUCAGGGAUGUUUUCCCAAGGAAGCUGGGGUCUGAGGGCGAUGAGAAAGCUGUGUGCGUUCUAGCGACUUCUCUCGGAUCCUGGGAACAAUCAUCUAAAAUCUGCCAUGUAAACUGUGAAAAAUCUACACAGCGAUGAAAUACUGGAUGGGCAGCUUCGUUGACUGAAGUUUAGAUGAAAUCAUCUGCACAACAACCAGAUUGUUAUUCCAUAUUGCUCACUGUUGGCUAUUUUAAUUCAGGUUUCAAACAUAGACUUUAGUUAAUUUAUAUAUUGUAGUAUGAUAUAAUACAAAUGUUAAUAGCAAAAUAGAAGUUCUUUAUAUAGUAUUUUAAUAAAGUGCUUGCUACUAAAUUAUGUAACCAGAAUUUAAUCUGAAUUUAUUGCAGUGUCUAACACUAGAAAAACCUAAAAUACAGUGCACAAUCAUUGUGAAAUAGAUGGAUAACUAACUUUCAAAUAUCUAAGAAUUUGAUGUAUCAUGUCUAUUGAUGAAAAGACUUUACUGUUUUUAAUCAUUGGAAGUAUGGUCAUGAAGUUUUUUUUUCUCUCCAUAUUUUUGUCUCUGAAUUUUUAAGAACUUUUAAAAUGUUUUCUCUGGGUUUCAAAAUGAUUCUUCAUUCUUAAACUGUUUAAAGUAUUUAUCUGAUUAAACAGAUUGCAAAAAGCAUUAUAGAUUGAAGAGAAGUUAAAUAUUUUCAUUUUGAACAAUGUAAUUUGUAGUUGUAUGUUAGUAUCAAACACUAAUAUGGCAGUUUGUGUUUUUCAGUUUACUUGCUAUCUUGUCUGUUUGUUAAAACACUUCAGGAUAGAUGGAUCCUGACCAAAAAGAAGAAGUAGAAAUGUCAUCAGAUAAUAAGAAAAAGGAUGCUCAGAAAGCAAUUCUGAAGAAGAUCUCUCUGAGAAAAGAAUGUGCUAGAAAAAAGUUGACUGAAGACAGCGAACAUGUUAUUAAACAUCAGACAGAAGAAGUUGUAGAUCAGAAUUUCCAGGAAGAUAUUGCUGAUAUAGAAAAACAAAGGAGUUUAACUGAAGCAUUACGAGGUAGGGUGAGAGAGAAACUGAAAACAUACAAGGUUGUACAAGAAGAAAAGUCCGCAGACAAAAGCCUCUCUGAUACUAAAAUAUACCAGAAAAACCUUGAUGCGAGGACUGAGAUAGAAAUCUUAUCAGAGGAAGGCUAUAGAUUUUUUAUCAUGACUGGUGAAGAAGACUCCAAAUUAAAAGAUUUGGACAAAAAUAUAGACCAGCAAAAAUUAAUGCAUGACAGUCAUCAAAACCUUGAUGUUUUAAAUGAUGAAAGUAGUCCUCUGCUUGGCAAUGUGGAACAAGUUUUAUUGCCAGAUGUGCUUGAAGUGAAAUCUGCUGAGUAUGAAUGCAGUGAACUGCAGAUUAACAAGCAAUGGGAACAUCUUUUUGUGCCAAGCAGUUCUCCAGUGGUUCACAGCUUUAAACUACCAAAAGGCAUGAUGCCACGCAUAUUAGAAGAUGAAGGAUUGUACAUUCCAAGAAAACCAGAAAUUUGUAAGAGAUGUUAUAACAAAAUGGAAAAUCGUCUUCUGAAACAAGAAGGGGGAGAAAGCUGGUUUGAAGAAAGUGGGGAAUUAAUUUCAUUACCUUCUCCAAUCAAACAAUCACAAAACUUCAGAAAAUGUUUUCCUCUUAAGGCUGCUCCAGGAUUAAAGACAGUAUACAAGAAGGCAAUACAACCUGAAUUGGAAAGGUGCAUCAUAACUAAAUCAGUAGAUCAAAGAGAGCUUUAUCAACUAGAUCUCAAUAUAUCAAGUUUAUUGUUCAGCCACCAUCCACUUUUCAGCCGAGAACAUGUGUUGGCUGCUAGAUUGCUCCAAUUUUAUGAAUGCUUUCAGAACAGACAACAGCAAAAUACAACUCUCUUGCUUUCUGAAAAGCUUAAAGCAUUAAUAAAUGCAACAAAAGUAGUAGAAAAUAGUUUGGAAGCAAGUCAACUGAGCAGGAAAACUUUAGAUGACUACCAAUUGCAAAUAAGAGAUACAAAGAAAAUGUAUGACCUAGAACAUCAAAAAGACAUUUCCUUAAUACAUAGUAUGUUAAAAGUUUGGAAACAAAUAAAAUCUGUACGUAGACAACAACAAUAUACAAGUACACCAGUAAAAUUACAGUUUCAAAAAAGGCUGACAAAGAAAAAUGAUGAGGAUAAAUGUAAGGCAGAAUUAGCACAAGAUGCUGAAAAAGAGAGACAACUAGAGGCAGAAGAUAAUAUUGAUGAUCAUGACAAUAUUUCAGGGACCUGGGGAAAACAAAAGGGAUGUCUGGAUUCAAUUCCUCCAUUGGCAAGUUCAACACAACUUUUUCACACCACAUCUGACUUUGAACCUUUUUUCAUACCACAUCUGACUUUGACUGCAGAAAUAACAGCAAUGUCCAAGUGUCCCAUGCACGAACAGAAGAGAAGAGCCAAAGUUCAGAAGCAACAAUAUUUUAUUAAAAUAUUUUACAAUGAAAAACAAGUCUCUUGCACUUCAGUAGUUCCCCUACAGCUGGAUUUUAGAGUAACGUUUCAGCAAAUGUUUAGUAUUCAGUUAUUAAACUGGCCUGACUCUCUUCGUUUGGAGAUUUGUGAAUCAGCUAGAAGGACAAACUUGUUGGCCAAAAUAUAUUUACCUAUUCCUAACAAUACUGUAUUGCAAAGCACAGGUGUACUGGAACAGGCAGAGUUUAGCUGUGACCAGCAAGUUAAACCCACAAAUGGAGAAGUGGGAAGCAAUGUAUGUUUUCUUCUGGAUGAAACUGAAACUGAAGAGGUAUGUCUUUUGACAUCAGGAAAAUUAAUGUAUUCCUUAUCCUGGGCAGUCAGUGAGGGAGGAAUUCCAUUAGCUCCUUUAUCUCAGAAAACAAUCCCUGCUUGUUACAGUGUGCCAAGAUACCUAAAUGCAGAAAUAGCUACUGGACUGCUGUGGUUCACUGACACACAGAAACUUAUUGAAUGGGCCAAAAAAGCCAAAAUUGAUCCUAAUGACCCCGAGUAUUCAGACUUGAUGGAAUUCAUAUUGUAUACAAGAUCCAAGGAACAAACUAUGUCAAAAUAUUUUCGUCUUGAACAGCUGCAAGAAGAAUUUAACUUUGUUACUGAAGAAGAGAUUAAAAAGUGUAAACGUUUCCAGCUGUUGCAGCUUAGGAACUCAGAGCAGUUAGAUUUCUGUCAUAUUCAGCAAAUACCUCUGUAUGACAGAGAGAUACCAGAUGCGCUCAUUCAGGAAUAUGAAAGCCAAUUAGAGAAGGAUAUAUCAAUGACAGAUGUGGAUCCUAUUACUGCACAAAGAAUUAGAUCUGCCAACUUUGUAAGGAAGAUGAGAAAACUAAUUUUAAAGCGACUUGUCAAAAUUAAACACAAAUUUAAUUUAAUGGAUAUUGUGAGUGAUUAUGAAGAAAUUAUAUCUAUGAGCCAAUUGCGGAAUGCAGUAUUUAAGCUAGGUGAACCUAGAAGACAUUUAAAGCCGCAAAGAAAAGAGAGGAAAAAAGUUCCAGCACAGACUGUCUCUGAUGGAGAUGUUAAACUUCUUAUCAGAGUUCUGAGAGCUUAUAAUAUUCCUUCAAGAAAUUCAGCAGUUACUAGACCAGCAGGUGUUCAUUCACCAGCAUAUACAAUUAAUCGGCUGUUCCAGAAUAGACAUGUGCUAUCAGGCAAAUCAUCAUUCACAUCUGAUCUAAGUGAGGUGACUGUACAUCCAUUUGUAGAAGUUUCUUUCCAGCACACAAUUUAUCAAACUAGCACUGCAGAGGGGUCUCAUCCAUGCUGGAAUGAAGAACUUCAAGUGGAUUUUAUAUCACCAGGACAUGAUUAUAGCUUUUCAGGAUUGUCUAAAAUAAAAGACAAUAUAUAUGUCAAUAUUUUUGAUGAAGUUAGGGUGGAAAAACAUGAGGACACUUGUCUUAAGGGUUGCUGUGGCCACUGGUAUAUAAGAAAGAACUGGUUUGGAUCAGUUACUUUUCCUUUCUCUGCUCUUCUGGAACAAUCAAAGAUCAGUGGCACAUUUCAAGUAAAUACGCCACCAGUUUUGCUUGGAUACACGUGGAAUAACACCUGUGUAUCUCCUAAAGAAGAGAACUGUGGACAGAAUGUAAAAGAAUGUACCUUUUUAACCAUGUUUGCUACAAUUGAACCUCAGCUAUCUUCUGUUGAAAAUGAUUCAGAAUCAGAUAAGUUUGCAGAUCAUGAAGAUGAAACACUUUUGCAAAGAGCAUACAUUUUUAAAAAAAAUUGCACGGCAAAAUUUCCAAAAAGAAGAAUAAUAACCUCUGUUUUUGACAGUGAAGGAAGAAAUAUUUUAGUAAUGAAAUAUAUUAGGGCAUUAAAUCCACCACAGCUGCUACUUGAUAUGCAUCUUGAUGAUCCUAAUGCAACUUUUGAUUUUAUUGCUCGAUUUGUGUCUUUAAUUCCUUGUAUAUCAGAUACAUUGGAUGAAAAUGCUGAUAUUGAUGUUUGGGUGACAUCAGAGCAUUGCAUCAAUUUAGCUGUUGGAAAUAAAGAAGAGCAUGCAGUGCUUCUAUGUAAUUACCUUCUGUAUUUGGGGAAAAAAGCAUGGGUGCUGUUGGGAACAUCAGUAUUAGAAGGGAAAGUGGCAUAUGUAUUAACUCAUGAAAAUGAAGAAUAUUUCCUUUGGAAUCCCUUGAAUGGGCAGUGUUAUAAACAGUUUGAUGCAUUUUGUCCUUUACAGAGUGUUGACUGCUUAAUCAAUUGGGAGAAUGUCUGGUUCAAUGCACAGCAAAACAGUUCACCAAUGUGUGUAAGUUUUGACAUUUCAAAGGAAGGUUUUUGGAGACAGUUUCUACCAUACAAUUUCCAGUGCAUAAAACCACAAACUGUACAGCCAAAAGAAAUACUGUACACCCCUACUAAUAGAAGCACGGUGGAAGAACUACAGAACAGGAUUGAAAAGACCUUAAAAAAUAAAAUGAUGGAAUGGCGGUUUCAACAACCUACUCGGUGGCAUCGACAGUGUACUGCUCUCUUACGACAAAUUCUUCCCAAACUAGAAUUAAGAAAUAGGAACUUUGUCAUAGAGAAAGAAGAAAAUAAAUUGGAAAGUUUACUGGAACAUUAUUGGGUGACAGGAUACCCUUUACAGAUGCCAUACAUAGAUUUACCAUCAAUAACUGAGGCUGUGUAUCAAACUGGCAUUCAUUCUUCAGAAAUCCCCAACACAGAAUUUGCUCUUGCUGUGUAUAUACAUCCAUACCCAAACAACAUUUUAGCUAUAUGGAUCUACUUAGUUUCUUUGGUCUGUCAUCAGUAAACAGUGUUGAAUUCAAUUAUAAUUAAUUUACUACAUUGUAUCUCUCAUGGCUUAAGAUAGUCAUUUAGGUAUGAGAACUGAGCUAUGAAAAGCUAAUUUUAUAUCACAAGAGAUAAGCCAGUACUAUUUAUUGUACAUUAAUAGAAUCUUAUUGUUAUUGUAGAGAGACUAUAUCUUUAAAAUCCUAAUUAGUUCCAUAAGAACUAUUAUAAAUUGACCUUACCAAUUUUGUGAAUUUCCCAAUAAUCUGAGAUCAAAUAUUAAACAACUCCUAGAAAUAAUUUAGUCAUAUUUAGUGUUCAGAGAAGUUGCUUAAAUGAUCUUUGAGGAAAGAUCUUAAUGGGCUGUUUAAUGAAAGUAUUAGAAUGUAGGAUCUCGUUGCCUCAAUACAGUGAAUUCAGACAUUCCAAGAGUAACACAUAGUUAAUACCAUUAAUUAAAUAAGGUGAUAUAGAAUAUUAUGGAAUGCAUAUUAAUGUUUGUCUGGUAAAUGAUGAAUAUGAAAGUUGUGUAAUAAAAUUCAAGUUGCAACUUCAAUAUACAGAAGGCUUCCCUAAAUCUUAGGGCAUUAUCCUACAGAUCCUUAAUGUCAUUGCUAACUAGUGAAGUUUGCUUUGUGUGUUAUGUUUUAUAUUCUUUUAAUUUUCGGUUGCAAGACUUUUUGGAAUUAUUGAUCAUAAAUAUUUUGGACAAGCGGUGUUAUGAAAAUCCUUACUUUCCUUUAGCAGAAUGUUUUUGUUGUUUAAUUUUUAAAAGCUGUAUAAGUUGAGCUUUAGCAUACAUUUAAUUGUAAUCAAUAAGAUUGCAUACAAUAUACUUCAUUACAGGGAAACAUUCAAAAACGUAAAACAAAGCAGUUAAAAUAUAUAAAUGUUUAUAGUAAAACAUUUUUAAAAUCAUAAUGAUAAAUAAAACACUAGUGGUAUAUUAAUGUUAUAGAAUUUUAAAAUAUAUUGCAUGAAAUAGAAGGAAUUUUAAAAUAAUAUUCAUGUGCACAUUAAAAUAUAUAUCAAUAUAUUAGAAUUGCCAUUGCUGAUGCCACUUGGGACAAUAUGGAAAUAAAACAAUA